AUGCGCCGCUUUAGCACGCAUGUUCUGCAUCUCCCUCUCUCGCCCGUCACAUCCCGUCCGACGGAGUCCGUCGUUCUUCCGCGCCUCUCCUCCGUGCCACUAGAUUUGCCACUAUCGCCGCCGUUGCGCCGGCAACGCAUGCGCAACGGCUGCUUCCCCCCCCCCCAUCCCCCUCACUCUCCCCACCCGCCCUCCCCCCCUCCUCCCCCUCCCCCGCUUCCUCCCCCUCAUCCUCCCGCCGUACCUUCCAACAUCUUCCGCCGCCCAAGCUUCCCCGCCUUCCUAAGGCAAGCGGUCGCAGUACGCCGCGCUAAAGCUGCUGCUGACAACAAACGGCAAAACAUUCUUCAUGUUAAUGCUCCUUCUAUUUCGGCGUCUGUGUUUUGUCUCCCCUAUCCAUCUCCUUUCACAUGCCCAUGUAGUCCCCCAUCCUCUCCCCCAUUCUCCCUCCCCGAUAGUCCACAUGGACCCAGUUUGCACCCCUUGCCCCUGCUCUCCUCCGCCGCCCUCCCCCUCUGUGAUGGUGUCGACAUCGAACCACACUUUGCACAGUCAACUCACUAUGCUGUCAACACCCAUCUCUCCCCUGCUCCAACCCCGCUUCCCCCAGUCCCUCGAGGCUACAUCAUCGACUGCAGUCCCCACCCCCCCCCCAAACCUCCUCCCCCAACCCUCUUCCCCCUCCUACUGUCAGGGCUACAUCGACCCGCACUUUGCGGGGUGCUGACGGAGCGCAGUGACGUGUUCAGCUUCGGGGUAGUGCUGCUGCAGCUGGCCACGGGGCAGCCGCCCGUCAUUCAGGGAGUGCCGCUCAGCCAGGCCGUACUGCACCUCGCCUUCGGCCCGCACGGCCUCUCCGCUGCUGUCGACCCCAAACUCUCUGAGCUUCUCCAUUUUCAGGUGGAUGCUAAGCCAACAGUGCUUCCUUGCAACGGUGCUGGUGGGGAAGUGAGUGCACGGAAGGUGGUGGCGAAGCUGGGGGAUACAUUUGGCACGUUUCUGCGGGUGGCGCUCUGGUGCACGGCAGAGCACCCCUCAUUCCGUCCCGACGUGAGGCAGGUGGUAUCUGCACUGCACGGCAUCAGGUACCACCUCCGGGUGUUACCCAUAGAAGGUGCUGCUGAUGGCUUGCUUGCCAGUCGUGCCAGCAGUGCAGCAGGAGGGUAUUCCUCUACCACCCGGUUUCCUGAGAGUGGAUUCACAGGAGGCACUGCCAGCCAGUCAACUCUCUGGAGCCAUCUGCCUCCUUCCACAGGUCAAGCGGAGUCAAACUGGUCAAGCUUUCCUGGGGAAAGGACACUAGCACUCACCAUCUGA